AUGAUUACUUGCCAGGGAUGUCAGGACAUUAUCAACAAAUUUGAGAUAAUACAAAGUCUUUCUCAAGAAGCGUUUUUGGUAUUUGAACAUAUUGGCAUACAGCAGUGUUCAAGAGAGUGUUUGUUACGGACAAAUUGUAAAGCAGUGGCAUAUAACCUAGAGCAUUUGAACUGUUACCUUGGUGAUAACAACACAUAUAUCACUACUUCGUCCAAUCAGGAGGAAAUAGCAUCAACAAGAACGAUAUUGAUGGAGUUUGAAGGACAACUUUUAAAGUCUUGUGUUGGUCAUUCUUGUGAUGAGUCAUCGGUGUGUGUAGAAAUGUCCACAGGAACAUCCGAGUGUGCUUCUUGGUUUACAUUAAAUAAUACCAGCAGUGAGUUAGCAUCCACAACAGUAUCGGCCACGGAGAUGACCGCUGCACUGACCACUAUUCAAGGUCAGAAUCCAGUCGAAUGUGGAGAUCCACCCAUUGUAGUAGAUGCUACAACUCCUAUUUCAAAUGACAGGUCUAUCGGAACGGUCCUUUCAUACAGUUGUCAAGCUGGACUAAUAGCCAAGGGAGACACGGAGACGACAUGUGAGUCAGAUGGACAAUGGUCAACACUAUCAAUGAAUUGUAUUAUAUGUGACACAACAUUUUAUGUGUUUGCAGAAAGUCUAAACUUCUGCUACAGAAUUGAAAAUUCUCAGCGAAAUACUUAUGCGGACGCCAUUCUUCAUUGUAACACCAUGAAUGGUAAAUUAGCCAAACUCGACACCAUCGACAAGAUCAACACAGUCUUAGUGAACCUAAAUGUGCAAGUAUAUGUUGACGGGACGGACGAAGCAGAAGACGGUACCUGGGUUUAUUCUGACAGUACGGCGGUGAAUAUGGAUCUGUUUAAACUUGGUGCCCCCUCACUCGGUGAUACAAACUGCUUGACUUUAAGGUCAGAUCUCGGUCAAACAUUGGAUAUAUCUUGUACAUUGAAGAAGUAUAGUAUAUGCGAACAAGUGUAG